CAGGUCGGCCCCCGUGGUGCCCUGCCAGUGGGCCGCCCUUUCGAAGCCUUGCCAGACUGUACCGGAGCUGGACCAGCGGCUGAGGAGCGCGGAGGAGUUCUGGAGCGUCACCGCCGUGGUCGGCUUCGAGGUCCCGAAGGCCCCGCGGGAGGCCGGGGCCGGCGAGCGGGAGCAGGGCCGAGGCCAGGGCCUCCGCUGCUGCCGGCGGCUCCAGCGGCUCAGCCUGCCCGAGCCGCCUGGGCCCAGCUCGGCCCCCGCGGGCGAGGCGUGUGGCGGCAGCCUCGGCGGCCCUUGCGCGCUCGAGGGCGCCGCCGCGGCCGAAGGCCCCAGCCACAGCAUCGUCUUCUUGCUGCCCGGCGCCGGGGAGGCGGCCCGGAGCCGAUUGCGCAGCUCGGUGUUCGAGAGGGCGGCCAACUCAGUCGCCAGCUGCCCAGACGUCGACUGGCACUGCCUAUCGUGGCCCGCGACGCCGCCACCCCUGGGCGUCGACCGCGCCGUGCAGCACGUGCUGCAGCAGUCCGUGGAGGCCAUCUCGAAGAAGAGGGCCGAGGCGUCGGAGCUGGGCGAGAGGCCCGGGCGAAUCCAGGUGUUCCUCAUCGGGCACUCUUUCGGUGGCGCCGUCGCAACCCAGGCUGCGUGCGAGCUGACCCGCGUUUUUGGAACCUUUGGGACGGGCGCCUCAGUCUCCAUCGAAGGCUUGUGCGUUAUCGACACGGUGCCGACAGGGGUGCGCUCGAGCUGGACCUCUUGCAGCACGCGCGGGUGCUGCUGAUCGCCAGCCACGGCCUCGCCGAGGGCGUCGCUCGCCCCACGAACACCGCGACCCGGGAGCUGUACGGUGCGGUGCCAGCGACGCGGAAGGAUCGAGAUGCUCCUGCUCCCCAGGAAUGAGCGCAUCAGCGACUGGCAACUGCUGCUGCGGCUGACGGACUUCGUUCUGCGGGGCCACUUCGAGGACGCGGAGCGGGCGGAGGCGCCAAGGCCGAAGGCCACUGUCUGAGGCUCUGUCCAGCACGAACGGGCCCUCUCCAGCUGGGGGACCACUGGGGGGGGCUGGUCCCUGCCUGCCAUGGGCCUUCUCACCAAAGCACACCCCUUGGGUGCCCGCGGUCUGUCGCUAGCGCACCUCGGGUCCCCCAUUCUCUUGCGGCCAGGGAGCAGUGCUGCGAGGCUCUGGGUUGGCGGCGCAGCCUGCACAGGGCGACAUGCACGGCCCAGGCCCAGGGGACCUGG